AUGGCCUCGCAAAGCCCUGGCGAAUACUGCAAGGCCAUUGCAACAUGCGGGAGGAGGGCCCAGUGGCAGCAUGCACUCGCCUUGCUUUCCCAGCUCGAGUCCUGCCAGCUGCUGCCCAACGUGGCGUUCUUCAACGUGGCCAUCAGCGCUUGCGAGAAGGGCCGACAAUGGCAGCAGGCACUUCGACUCCUCAGGGAGUUGGAGUCCAGCUUCCGGCCAGAUGAGAUCAGCUACAAUACGGCCAUCAGCGCCUGUGGCAGGGCAGGGCAGUGGCAGCAAGCACUGCUUCUGCUCCAGGAGCUGGAGUCCGGUGCCUGCCGGGCCGAUGUUAUCACCUACAACUCUGCCAUCAGCGCCUGUGAGAAAGGUCGUGCCUGGCCUUGGGCGCUGGAGCUCUUCUCGGAGAUGGGAUCACGUGAGCUCCGGAGGAGCAUCGUGACGUUCAGUGCUGCAAUCAGCGCCUGCGAGAAGGGCGAUCGCUGGGCAGAAGCCUUGCACUUGUUGUCGCAGCUGGAUCUGGAAGGCCUCCAUGCGAAUAGCGUGGCCUACAAUGCGGCCCUGAGCGCGCUGGGUCGGGGGAUGGAGUGGCAGAGAGCUCUGAACUUGCUGACCCAGAUGGACGCAAGCCUCGUUCGGACAGAUGUGAUCUCUUUCAACGCUGCGAUCUCCGCUUGCGAAGGGCCAGGGCGCUGGCAAGCGGCACUGGACCUCCUGCAGGAGCUCCUUCUGCGGCAGCUCCACCCGACGGUCGUCACCUACAGCGCUGCCAUCUCUGCCGUGGCAAAGGCAGGGCUGUGGCAGCUCGCGCAGCGGCUGCUUUCAGAGCUCCCCUCGCACCAACUCACAGGAAACGAGGUCACCUAUGCCGCCGCCAUCAGUGCGUGUCAGCUCGAAGGGGAGUGGCAACAGGCGCUCGUGUUCCUCAUGGAACUCUGCCGGCAGCAUCGGCCCGACCCCACGGCCUACAACGCAGUGCUGAGCGUCUUCGCCGCGGCUGCCCUGUGGCAGCCCGCCGUGGCGAUGCUCGGAGAGUUCGAUCGUGCCAGUCUCGCUGCAGAUAUCUUCUCCUACAGUACCGUGAUCAGCGCCUGCGAGAAGCGGCAAGAGUGGGAAGUGGCCCUCCUCCUCUUCAAGCAGGCCGGGGAAUCGAUGCUCCAGCGUAACACCAUCACCUGCAACUCCGUCCUCAGCGCACUGGAGAAAGGGGCACAGUGGCAGAAGGCCCUUCUGCUCCUGUCGUCCAUGCUUGCAGACCUGGUGGAGGCGACGGUGGUCACAUACAGCGCGGCCAUCAGCGCCUGUGAGAAGGGACGGCGCUGGCAGGAGGCUUUGGAGCUGCUGCUUUCCAUGGCGGUUGUCCACCUCCGUGCCAAUGUCGUGACCUACACCGCGGCCAUCACGGCAUGCAGUUCGGCCAGCCGCUGGGAGCUUGCUUUGACGGUGCUAGGCAUGCUCCAAGCCGAGGGCCUCGCAGGCAACUUCAUUACCUACGAUGCAGCGCUCUACGCCUGCGAUGUCGGAGCCCAAUGGCUGCGGGCCUUGCUUCUUCUGGCAGAUUUGGCCGGUGGUUCCCUGCCAGUCCUUGCUGAGCGGCAGCGUGCGUAG